AUGGGUUUUCCGAACUGGGCAUCAGUCAUUAUCGCUCUAGGAGCUGCUACUGUGCUUGUUGUUGUAGGAGAUUUCAUUUAUAGCAAACUGACUCGCGUUCCUUUCAAAGCAGCCGGGAAGCAUUGCUUUAUCACUGGUGGAAGUACUGGUUUAGGAAAGUCUUUGGCUGUUCAAUUAGUCAAAGAAGGUGCAGAUGUUUGUAUUGUCGCAAGAAGAGUGUCUGAGUUAGAGGCUGCUGUGGAAGAGAUCAAGGCAAGCUGUCUUAGCGAGAGCCAAAAGGUCAUUUAUAUUAGUGCAGAUGUGACAAACCAAAAGGAUGUAGUGCGUGCCUUUGAUGAGGCCAAGGUCAAGAUGGGCCGUAACCCUGAUUUCGUCUGUGCCUGUGCUGGUGCUUCAUAUCCCAAAUUCUUUCUGGAUCACACAAUGGAGGAUUUCGAGAAAUUAACAACCUUAAAUUACCUCGGUCAAGCCUAUGUUGCACAUCAAGCUGCACAACGCAUGAGAGACUCCAGCAUCAAGGACGGCAAGAUUGUCUUUAUUUCAUCCAUGCUGGGUAUGAUUAGUUUUGCUGGAUGGGCUACCUAUUCACCUACCAAAUACGCUAUUCGUGGAUUGGCCGAUACUUUGCGCAACGAGCUCAAGAGAUACGCCAUUGGCGUCCACAUCUUCUUUCCUGGUGGUAUUGAAUCUCCUGGGUUCGAGAUUGAAAAUCUAACAAAACCCCAAGUAACCAAGAUUAUUGAAGGAGCUAAUACACCACAAACGGGUGCCGAGUGUGCCAGAUCCUUGAUGAAGGGUUUGCAUCAAGGCCAAUACAUGAUUGUCACUGAUGCUAUUAGCGAAGUGCUGCGUUGUGUAGUCAGAGGUGUCAGCCCAACCAACAACCUGGUUCUCGAUUACAUUUUAGCCGCCAUUGGACAGCCUUUCGGAUCCGCAUUUGCAUUGUAUGCAGAUUAUGUUGUCAAGAGCGCAAAAUAUGAUAAAUAA